AUGGGAAAUCAAAAUGGUUCCUUCUCACUACACACACCCAGCCGUCAAGCACGAAAAAGACGCCUUAAGAAGGACGCCCAGUCCAUCUACUCGUUAGAGAUUCCAAGCUUUGAUGAAGCGACAGGAACUUUGGGAAGUGAGUACAUUUUUCCUAGGUCGCUCGCCGUUGAGGUUGCCAUUGAAAACGUGCUAAGACAGGAGCGUGGUGAGUUGCGGACCAAGGCGAGUGGUGUGGGUAUCCUUCGCUUCCUUGCAGAGUUUCAGGAGAGCCGUGAGAUUAUUUACGUGUACUUUUGGUACAUAAUUGCCCACAUACGUCGUGUGCAUGCGGAGAAAACGCUUAUUGGUCGUUACGUCAACCUUGAGCGCAUCAUUCGUGGGGCGUUUCCUCGCUACAAGGCGGAGCUGCCGCCCAUUGACCAGCUCGAAAGGAUCCUGGCAAAAAGCGCCCACUCUGCGGCAAAAUUUGCCAAGGACUCGUCCACGACGCUGUUGCAGGCGGAAGUGACGGAUGAGCUUCCACCGCUUGUGCCCACCGUCGCCAACUUGCCCUCACACCAUGAGGGUAACACCAGUGUCAGCGACGGCGCACGCACCUUACGGCAUGAGUUUGGCGCCAUUCUCGGAGAGGAUGGUGCACGUGCUUCACAUGGUACGCAGCGUAAGAGGAAAAGCACGCAACAACCAAGCAGAAACAGCAUUAGUCACAUCAGCGUCAUGGAGGCAGCCUCCGAAAAAUCGUUGCAGCAGGACCCAGCAAUUCUUUGGCGGUGUACUGAGGCUAUAAAAGCCUUUAACGUUGUAAAAUUGGAAGUCUUUGAACUUGCUGAAUUUGCACAGCGUUGUUUUCAUCGUCUCGCGGCGUUAUUUGGCCAGGCGUUUGAGCGACUGGCAGAAGGAAAAGAUGAGGUCCUGACUGCGUUUACGUUUAUUGUACCGCACGUUGUUCAUUACGGGUUUGUGUACUGUUUCCCCAAUGACGUUGUGGCAGGGCUUUUUAAUGCUGUCAUGCGGGUGAAUCUGUACCGCAUCUUUUACUUCUGGUGCAGUGGACUGGUGGCCACCUACGUGCGGGUGAAUGGGUGGCCGCGGCCACCCACUGCAGAGAAAGGCGGGAUGUUGAAAGGCGGCGACCAGUGCGCCGCCACGCCGUCGGUGUCGGAGUCGACACUGCUUUUAACAACGUCGUUGACCCUAAAAUUGUCUGGCUCCCCACUUGACGCGCGUGGGGAGGUGAGUAGUCCGAGCCUAAUUCGACUCCUGGAGAAUUCGGCCAACCCGCUGGCUCCCAUUGCGGCGGGUGGGGAACAAGUCCAGGCGCUGGACGACGACAGCUUUGAGGAUGUGGAUGUGGAGGUCGCAAAUGGGCACCAUCGCCUCAUGCUUGAGUUUAAUCGUUACGCGAAGCAUGUCAACUACCUUUUGCACGAGUUGGCGGAGCGAACGGAGGGCAUGCAUCGGGAGCUGGCGUGCGGCUCAACGCUCGCGCCGCCCACAGAGGCGGGGAACAACUCUGUGCGAGAGGCGGAUGCGCUGGAGCGGGUUGGUAGCCAGUUGCCUCCUGCGGGGAAGCGGAGUCCUCCGCCGUCCUCCACGGCGCCUCUGGCGGAAGGUCUCAUGAAGGGCAAGUUGCAGGAGUCGUUCCAGGCCCCAAAAGGGUUGCCGCUUCAGGAGCCCAGUCGUCGCCACACGGCUGCAGCGGCCGCGGGCGACAACGCAGAAACGGAGUUGCCUGUCAUCCCACAGACGAUCAGGGCUGUCAAGACGAGAAAGUUGCCCGCAACCACAGGCGUCUGCGUUCUCUCUGGAUUCCCGCUUAACCGCACGGCUCCUCACGUGAAACAGUACAUUCUGCAGCCGACGGAGGAAUUACUGGUGGAGGUCCCACUUCCGCCGCUCGACGACGAUCUCUCGACGGAGGGAGCCGACGGGACGGAGCGGAGGUCGUCGCUGGCAGACGGCCGCCCCACCUCGUUGGCCCUGCGGACGGUGAAGGUACCACUGCCGUUGACCUCUCCAUUCUUCCAAUGCUACGCAGGCGAGCGGCUCGGGGCGAAUGUAGCGGGGACCAGCAACACACCUGCCGCAAAGCUGACGACACUCGGCGCCUCUGGUUCCUUCUCGCCACGAGGUCCAUUCUGCCCCGCCGGGAAUGCUCAAAACGGCAUGACCGCCCAUGUUGCCGCGGCAACGACGUCACCGACGGUGGCUCAAACAGUAACAACAACAACACGGAUGCCGUCCAUACCGCAGAAACAUAACCUAAGCACGAACAACAACAACAACAACAACAACAACAACAAGCUGAAGACUUUGGUGCUGCCUCACAGCACACAGAAGGCGAUCAAUGUGAUGCUUAUUCCGCCCUCCAAUGCGCAUCUGCGUCCGCUGCAGUUCAAGGACUUGACAAAAGAAGUGACACAGCGACAGUUGGCAUUGGAAAGACAAAUGGACCGCCUCUCUGAGCGCGAGCAAUUUCUCCGCCGGCAGUACGUUGCUGAAAGCCAACAAGGCACGCGUCGUGUACACACGCUUCUCGCGGAGUGUCAGUCCGACCGCCUGGAGGUAGAGGCGUACCGCGGUUUGUUCAAUAAGCGAGCUAGGAAGGAGAAUAUCAUGAGACGAAAAAAACAGCUGCGUCUUGAAGCAAUUAAAAGCUGA